AUGUUGGGUCCCUUAAUGUGCGCUAGUCCACUCCCGGUGACUGAGUCGACUACUGAUGUGUUGCAGCUCCCGCGAUCCAUUACCCGACUCAUUGUCACCUUGGACGCCCAUAUUCGUAAAGAACGUGGCACGGAGAAUCGGUCUUUGACCCGUGACAUUGACAAAUGCCAUCUCUACGCGAUUUAUGCAUUUGCUGCACGAUGGCUACCUGUAUCUGAUCAUGGAUCCGAAGCUCUGUUUCAGACGAGACAGCAGCAUAUGGCUCUUCGGUCUUGUUUGUGGGAUUUAGCUCGCCAGCAUAUUUUGGUCGCCAUCUCUCAUCCAACCUAUCGGUCGGCCCACGCGCUGCAUUUGUUCGCCACAUCUGGCGCUGCCACACAUUCUCACUUUGACACCUUGGUCGAUGGAUGCCACGACAUCAGUCUCCAACACCACGAAAGAUUGCGGCUCCAAGCUCUAGAAUUCUGUGCAUCAGACUUCAGCUUCUUCUCCAGACAUGCGUCGACAAAGCCCGGCUCCGACAUCGACUACAGCCACGUCCGAGACAUCUUGUAUUGGACAGGUAUUCUAACCGAUGUAUGGCGCACGACCUUCUGCUGCCGCCCUGCCAUCGUACUGCCCGGCCGGAUAGGCGAAGCACGGGUCUGGAGUCAUGUUAGAGAGCACUUGGCUGCCUUUGACCGGGCAUUCGCUCAGGUCCGCGAAUCAGGAGAUUUCAUAAGUGAUCCUCUUGCCACGAUCAUCUUGCAGCAUGCGAGUGCAUGUAAGAGCAUGUUCUGGUAUUCAGUCUCGAAGGUGCAAGACAGUCUCAUCAAUCAUAUCGUGGACGAUCCCCUGGACGUAACAUUUGCAACGGCCAUGAGAGAAAAGGAUCUUUGGGAACGAGUCUUUGGAUCACUUGUGGGGUCUGUGGAGAGAGACUAUGUAAUGCUUGAUGCACAGAACCAGAUCGGCUACUGUAAGCAAAACCUUCCAUUCUUGGCAGACAAUUCGAGUGUUUCGUUACUGACAAUACUAGUCCUGCUUGUCCUGCAUGUCAAUACCGGGAUUCUCAUCCUACUAGACCUUCUAGAGCAGAGCCAAUCCCAUCCCAGCGGAUACACAGCCGCUGACCUGCUCCAACUUCGCCUCAGCCCGACCCGCGCCAUCGUCAAUGCUAUUGGCAUCACGCUUCGCAGCAACGGCUACCGGCAACGCAACCAGCCGCAAAACAUCAUGCUUCUGGACCCUCACCCUGACACUGCGUCCGACUGCAUCUUACGGUGCGGGCAGAGUCUUCUCAAGCUGCACGUUCGCGGCGUCAUUACGCCGUCCGCUUGUCAGACCAUGCUUGCGGUCGUGUUUGAAGCAUUCGAUGUACUUAUGGCCGUUCCCGGGAAAACGGCUGCGAACAAGACUUCCCUGGAGAGACUGUGCGCUGACCGUGCGGUUGAUGGGUUUGGACACAUUUCUCCGUGGACGUCGUUGGGCGCCGAUGCCCCAGGGCCAGGUGAGCUGGAAGCUGCCAAGGCGGUUGUCGGUCAGCUAACGGACGAGAUAUCGGGUGAGGCAGACCUUUUCAGGAUGCUGCUGGGCAUUUCAGCGUGA